UUAUAUUUUUAUUCUUUUAUUGUUUCAUGCUUUUAUAUAUAUAAUAUUAUAUAUUACACAUACACUUAUUAUCACUCUUAUUGUUAGCUGUUUCGUCAUCAACAACACAGCUAGAUUCAUCGGCAGUCAUAGUGAAUCAUGGUCCAUGGGCAGAAGUUCUUGAAAAUUGGAUCACUAUUCAAUCCAACAACUCUCGUGCAUCACGUGCGAUGAAAAUUGGUGAUAAAACUGUGACAGUAUCGACCAAGAUCUCCUCAAAUAAAAGAGACGUUUCUGAAACAGAUCUCUAUCUACUUGGUGCCAUCGAGAAACUAGUGUACAGAGUAGAUUAUUUAGAAAAACGAGUAAGACGAGCAGAGGAAUUAUUGUAUUACGUCAUUGCUGGAAACAAUAAAAUGAAAGAACCUUGUCCUGCCAAUUAUACGCGAAUGGGCCAAAACUGCUAUCACUUCAGUAAUCGUGAUUUUAACUGGAAGUCAUCGGCCAGUCUUUGUCGUGGAAUGGGCGGUCAUUUAGUCGAGUUCGAUUCCAUUGAAGAGAGUCAGGAUGUAAUUGCCGGGUUAAUGUCAGACUCCAACUUGAAAGGCAAAAAUUUCUGGACAGGAGGUUUAAAUCCAGGACUCUUAUGGAUCUGGGCCAGCAGUGCCAGACCAGUUCAUCAAGACACUAAACAGUCCGUCAUUGGCGAGGGCAGAUGCUUAAAAUUAACUUACAAUGCAUCGUCAAAAAUUUAUUCGUACAGAGGUGAGGAUUGUGGUUUGCGACAAAGGUAUAUCUGCGAAUUGACCGUUGACGACGAAUCGGCAAACAAAAUCGAAAGGACGGCGCGAUUAUUGAUUGAUAAGGAUAAUUAAUCGAUUACUUUAACAGCGGAUGCCGGUAGGGCAACAAUAAUGACACAAAACUUUUUGUAAAUAUAAAUUUUUUUAGUAAUUUAUAUAAAUCUUAUUAGAGUAAUUUAAGUACAAUCGUAUUUGUAUUCCAUAGGAUAAUAUUAUGUACACUAUAUGCAUGUGUACUAAUUGUAAGAUCUUACCGAUUAAGAAAAAUACAUCUAAAGUUUCUAUAAGGAAAAGAUUCAAUAAUGUUAAUAAAUCUAAAUUAACAAUUCACGCAAAACGUAAAGAUUGUUGAGAGAAAUUAAUUUCUAUGAUAUGUAUAAGCUUCAUAUUCAUACGUGUAAGCUUUACAAUUAUUUUUAAGUAAUGCUACGAUUUCAAAUUCCUGUUUAUAUAAAACAUUAUACUACACAACGAAGAGAGAAAUUGCUUCAAAAUACCUUGUUUCGUGUAAUUUAACGCAUCUAAAACUUAAAAA